UUCCCUGUCCUUCACGUUUGACAAAUCUGUUUCUGCUGCUGAGAUCUUUUGAGGGUACUUUUCGGAACAUUUUCAAUCGAGAAAACCACAUUGAAAAAAUGUCGGAAGUCACUGCAAAGAUCCCCAAGCCAGUUCUGCGUGGACUGCACAACGCUUCCAUCAAGCGUAAUCUGGUUGUGUCCAGUGUCCUGUGCGUCAUUAGCGCAAUUGCCUUCAAGUUGAUGUACGUCGACCCGAAGAAGCAAGCCUAUGCCGAUUUCUACAAGACCUACGAUGCCAACAAGGCUUUCGAGCGCAUGAAGAACGCUGGUCUGUUGCAAGCCGUGAAGGACUAAAUUAUUAUUCCGGGUCUAUCAAUAAGAAUAGUUUUUCGCCUCUUCAUGUUUACAAGUGAUAAAUAAAA